AUGCUUGGCCAAGUUACUUUUGGUUGGAUCGACAAGCGUUGCAAACAAGCAACUGGUUAUAAUGACAAAGUAUUUGGAGGAAAAUCUUUGAUUUUAACUGGUGAUCCAGGUCAGUUGCCACCUGUAGCAGAUAAGCCUCUUUACCAUGCUAAACCAUCAAAUGCUGUUGGUGAACAAGGUUAUCAAGCAUAUCAUAUGUUUGACAAAGUUGUUAAACUCACUGUAAAUCAACGUGUGCAAGGUAUGACAUCUGAACAAAUACAUUUCAGAGAUUUGUUAUUACAACUUCGCAAAGGCGACUCAACAGUUGAUGACUGGAAGUUACUUCUGAAACGUCAGCCAUCAAAAGUCACUAAUUUAUGUGACUUUGAAGAUUCUACUAGACUCUUUUAUAGUAAUGAACAAGUUGCAAAUUACAACCAUGAGCAGCUAACAAAACUUGAGCAUCCAAUUGCUCAUAUUAAUGCUUGCCAUUCAUCAGCAUUGGCCAAAAAGAUAUCUUCGGAUGAUAUGUCUGGGUUAGAACCUAUUGUGUUUCUGGCAAAAGGUGCUAGGGUCAUGCUAACUAUGAAUUUGUGGUCAAGUGUUGGCCUCUGCAAUGGGGCUACUGGAACAGUCAUUGAUAUUAUCUAUCAGAACAACCAUCAACCACCUGACUUACCUAUUGCGGUAAUAGUAGAAUUUGAAAACUAUAGAGGACCUGUUUUUAAUGAAAACCAACCAUUGUCUAUCCCAAUAUAUCCAAUCACUGUCACAUCACAGGCAGAAAUAGGUUUCCAUGAGAGGCAACAGUUACCUCUUAGGCUUGCUUGGGCUCUAACAAUACACAAGAGCCAAGGAUUCACACUUCCAAAAGCAUGGAUAGAUAUUGGCAAAUCUGAAAGAACUGCUGGAGUUUCCUAUUUUGCUAUUAGCCGAGUAAAAUCACUUGCAUCUUGUGUCAUUGAACCAAUGACAUAUGAACGAUUAACAAGCUUGAAGUCAUCAGCUAACUUACAAUAUACGCUUGAAGAAGAAAACAGGCUAGAUCAUCUAGCACAGGCUACAAGCUGUGCAUUUAGAACAACAAACUAUUGA